UGUUGCUUAUACUUGUGCUGCUUGUGUUCUCGAUUUCAUUCAACUGGUACAACGUUAAAAUCAAUACCUUACUAUUUCCAAGCUAUAAUGAGAACUAUAACAGUGUGCCUAAGGUGGACCAAAUAAAAGAAGCAAAACUUCUACAACGCUAUAACAGUGUGCCUAAUGUGGACCAAACUAAAGAAGCAAAACUUCUACAACGCUAUAAAAGUGUGCCUAAGGUGGACCAAACAAAAGAAGCAAAACUUCUACAACGAAUGUUGUAUGAGAAGCCCCGAGCUAUCAACCCCACGAGAACUGACGUGGUGACGAUGACACCGUGGCUUGCCCCUAUUGUGUGGAAUGGUACUUAUAACAGUGAUAUAUUGAAUGCCCAGUUCCAAUUACGAGGAGUCCGCAUUGGCCUUGCAACCUUUGCCAUUAAAAAAUAUGUAGUGUUUCUCAAAAAUUUCAUUGAAACAGCUGAAAAAUUCUUCAUGGUAGGAUAUAAAGUCAACUAUUACAUACUCACUGACCGAGUCGAGGAGGUACGCCAGUACAAUUUUAAACUUGGUGAAGGGAGACAGUUAUUUAUUCUGAAGUCUCCCACGUACAAAAGGUGGCAGGAUAUCUGCUUCAGACGCAUGGAGAUGAUUCGUAAUUACACUCGUGACAGAUUCAUCAAUGAGGUUGACUACCUGGCUGUGGCAGAUAUUGACUCUGUGUUCAUGGAUGAUGUUGGCGUAGAGAGCUUAAGUGAUUUGUUUGGAACCAUACAUUUUGGAUUUUUUAACGCAUCUCGACAACAGUUUACUUAUGAACGGCGUCCAGAGUCCAGAGCCUACAUUCCACUUGAUGAGGGGGAUUUUUAUUACGCAGCAGGUUACUUUGGGGGUACAACAGAGGAAAUAUACAAAUUGACCAACUACUGCCAUGAUGGCAUAAUGGCAGACAAAAAGAAAAAUAUUGAAGCUAUAUGGCAUGAAGAGAGCCAUUUAAACAAAUACUUUAUUUAUUACAAACCGACGAAGCUCCUUUCACCUGAAUAUUUAUGGAGCAACUAUAUGGAUAUCCCAGGCUUUCUUAAAAGACGAAGAUUUUCUACUGUUGCAAAAAACUAUAAUGAAAUCAGAUUCAAAAGGUAAAUCAAAGAAAAACGAAUAGCCAGUCAAAACUCUCAGCAUUUAAAAAAAGGUUUUGCAACAUUCCUCAUAUUAUCCUUGACACCUUUGUCCCACCUCCCAUAUACUAAAAUAAUUAUUUUUGUUGAUUACUGUAGAAAUCUAGCUCUCUUUUUGUCCCUCCCUCCUAACCUUCAGUAUUCAAUAGCACUGUUGCAUAUAUCACCGGAAAGUACUGCAAAGUUAUCGGCAGUAAUAGUUCACCUAUUGGAUUUCAAGAGUAAAAACCUGAUAAGUACAAGUCACAGAAAACACUCCACUGAGCUAAACAAAAGCUCUUGCAGUGUUGGGAUUAACAUUUUCAAAAAGUUUAGAGUGUGUUGACUAGAAUGAGAGGGUCCUAGCCUCUCUACUUCCCGUCAGCAGCGUAACUAGAAACUGCACUGGGGCCCCCCAUAUGUCUAGCCCCCACACGUCCCCGCCAUUCCCACAUACAUGCACACAUACAUACAAACAGGCACACAUACAUGUAGACCCACACAUACAUACAAGCACACACACAUACAGAGACAUACAUACAGACACACAUACACUAACACACACA